AUGGCUGUGCCAGUAGAGAAUGGCCAUGCUGAUACAGUAACCAAACCGACAAAUGGUCGAAGGGAGGGUGCGAAGACCGAGGGGAAGAGUAGAUUUCUGGGAUGGACCAUCAUUGGCUCAGUCAUACGACUUGCCAUUUGGUACAUGCUUCUAACCCCCUUCUUACGAUGCCCGUCAAACCUAUCUGACUUGGAUGGCACUUCACCCCGAGUCUGCGAGCCUUAUCUUAUUGUUCGGUCACACGUGGAUCCCUAUGUCACUCCCUAUUAUGAUACUUACGCCGCACCUUAUGUCGAUCAAGCCCGUCCCUACGUGGAGGUUUUGAAUAAAAAUGUUUACAUGCCCACUUCGAAGCUCGCCCAGGCUGGCUACAAAAAGUAUGGAGCACCGGCGUUAGGUCAAGCCCAGGCCUAUGGUGCAGCUCAAUGGAGGGCCCAGGUGACACCACGAAUUCAAGUAGCGCAGGGUAAGAUACAUCAGCUCUACCUGGCUGAGGUCGACCCAUAUGUGCAGCAGGGAGUUGCAGUUGUUUCGCCGUACUAUAAACAGGUGAACAAUGCUAUGUUCACUGUUUACUGGGAUCAUCUGGUCCCUUUUUACACCAGAUCGCAACCCUUCAUUGGCAAGACCUACUCGACCUCGCAGGAUAUUCUUACGACCCAUGUAAUGCCCGGCGCUCAUUACACCUGGUCAUCCGUGGUCUACUUUGCCAACAGUUCGCUCUGGCCGCAUGUAACAGGUCUCUAUUCGGAGCAGGUGGAGCCCCAAUUGGUCAAGAUCGGACAACGCCUGGCGACUUAUCGAGAGGGUAAAAGACUGCGGGCCGUUGUUGAGGAAGUUGAAAAUUCGUCGGAGCAGCCUGAAUCGUCAACCAGCUCUACCACUAUCGAAUCCAGCUACGCCUCAAGUACCAUAACCACUUCUUCUACUAUUGAGGUUCCAUCUGCCACACCUACUCUGACCUCUGCGGAGCAGGCACAGCAAGAUCGCGAGCGGAUCGACUCUGAUCUCACAAGAUGGCAGGCAAAAUUUGCGGCCGCGGCUGACAGUGCUAUUGAAGAUCUUGAAGAGCGCCUUGAAGAUAUCGUAGGAGCCCUGGUUUCAAGUAGUGCCAAUGGUCACGGUCUGAGCCUAUCGACAGCCCUUGAAAGCGUGGCUACCAAACAGGUGGAUAUGAUCAAGGACCGUAUCAAUGAACUUGUCGAAUCCCUCCCAGAAGAGGACGUGCCAGAAGAUGAGGAGAACGCCCGCGAACAAUUGGUCACCGAUAUCCGGGCUUCCGCCAUUUCUGUUAGAGAUCGCGCUCAUGCUCUUCGGGAGUGGUCUUUGUCAUUCGAUGUGGAACUCUUCCGCAGAGUGUCUGCUGCCGUUAACUCGACUUUAGAUGUUUUGGAUGGCAUUCAAGACCUGGGUUUACAGGAAAUUGGCAUGCGUUGGGCCUGGAUGGAUGGUGUUACGUACAAGGAUUGGGCAAACUAUCGCGCCGUCAAGGCGCAGCUGCAUAACUGGCGUGAUGAAAUUUACCGGGUGGGCGUGAACCACAAGUCUAUUGCAGAAGCCAAGGCCGUGGUCAAUGGUAUUUUGGAUCAUGGCAUGGAAGUGGCACAAGAAACUGCCAUUGAGCUUGUCGCCGAGUCUGAGUCCAUUGACUCUGACCACGCCGAAUCCGAUGCGGAGCCUGAGAACGCAUUUUCGGCCGCUAGCUCCGCAGCUGACCAGGAUCAUUUUGGGGAUGGUAAUUUUUUCAUCUCAGACGAGUCUGUUUCAUCAGAAGACGGUAUUGACGUUCAGACGGAAGCCGAAGAUGACGGUGAUCAUGAGUCAAUGUCAGAAGAUGCCAUUGAAGAUGACACACCGUUUCCCACUCAGUCUGUUUGGGGAGGAGUAGCGGCAGCUGAAGCAAACACAUACCAAGCUCCAAUUCUUGAUGAUGAUGAGCAAGAUUCGAUCCACAGUCUCGGUAGCAAGGCUGAGUAUGUCUACUCUGACGCCUACUCUCAGGCUAGUGCAGCAUUUGCCGACUCUGCCUCAAACGCCAAGGUUCUCUAUGAGAUCGCUAAAUCACAGAUACUCGGUCAAGCAGCUGAGUCUAGUGCCCCCUCACAUGCUGGGAUUCUGUCCUCCAUUGAAUCGGCCUACUCCGGCGCUGUGAAGUACGCUACCGAUGAAUUCGAGUCCAAGAUUGCUGCCAUCAAAGCCACUCCCACAACCACUGCCGGUCCUCUUGCGCAGAUUUCCUCGAUCGCUUCUUCUCGACUUAGUGAAGGUCUCAGCGCGGCCUCGGAGAAAUUGGCGCACAUACAGCCCAUCCCAUCUCAAACUAGUUCUGCAGGUCUCCAGCCAUUUGUUCUUGAUGCCCAGCGUCGCUACUACGAAGCUGUCGGUCUUGCCCAUGACCACUAUACUGCAUUUGUCUCAACGGCUUCCCAAGCUGUCUAUGGGACACCAACACCAACCUCACCUCCUCUUGGCCUGCAGGCCCUUGUUGAGGAGGCUGGAUCACAGUACGCGCAUGCUUCUUCUCUAGCUUCUGCUAACCUCGCUGCGGCUGUGGCGUCCGCCAGCUCGAUGGCUUCGUCGGCCGAUGACGGAGUACAGGGUCUAGUUGAUGAUGCCUCAUCUAGAUAUCACGCUGCUCUGUCUGCGGCAUCUGCCUCGCUAUCACUUGCAUCUAAAUCCGUGAGCUCGGCUCUUUAUGGAACUACACCUGGGCCUUUGGAGUCACUCUCCAGCCAAGCAUCUGAGAACUGGGAAAGCCUCGUCUCAAAAGCAAGUGAGCAGAUUUACGGAACCCCGGCUCCGUACCUUGAGCAACUGCAGAGCCGAUUGCCGCAAUUUGAGGCCGUGCAGGAUGUAGUAUCUGAACUGCUUAUUGGUAAAGAACCCUCUUUUACGGAAAGCAUCAUGAGCAAACUUCGCGUUGCUUAUGAGACUCCCUACCCUGCUGCUGCCCUACCUUCUGCAUCAAGCUACGUCAGUGAAACUUUUGAAUCGGCCUCCUCUGUUGCAGAUACCUAUGCUUCCAGUAUUCCUAGUUUAGAGGAUGUCAUGCAAGAUGCAAAUGACCAACUCAAUGCCGCUGUGGAGGCUGCAGCUGACGCCUAUGCAAGUGCAUCCGCCCAUGUGAGCAGUGCUGUACAUGGCAAGGAGUCUGGCUAUGUUGAUGUUGCCAAAGAGCAUAUUCAAGAGAUCCAGUCCAAGGCCAGCGCUGCCAUCUAUGGCGAGGAGCCCGGUGCGGUGGAGAGCGCCACUAGUCGCCUUGCUGCAGCUGUUGAGGAUGCGCAGUCCCAACUUGCUGACCUCGCUUCCAGUGCUGGCAGCAUUGCAUCCGAGGCUGUCGGGACAGCUGCCUCUCACGUCACGGAGGCUACUGAUAACAUCCAGUCCGCGGCCGCCUCCUCUCCCAAGGAUGAACUGUAA